AGGACCAAAGUUCAAUUGCCAUUCACAUCCCUGGUCAAGUUGCUCUGACAGUUCUUGCAUAGACAAAUUUCUGUCAAUCCAACUCUGACUGUCAAAAAUGGAAGACAACAGCAAGAAUAUGAGACUGCGAGAGUGGCUCAUUGCACAGAUAGAAAGCGGAAAGUACGCAGGAUUAAGCUGGGAAAACCACGAAAAAACCAUGUUUAGGAUUCCAUGGAAACACGCUGCCAAACAAGACUACAACCAAAACGAAGACGCUGCGCUUUUUAAGGCCUGGGCUGUAUACAAAGGCAAGUUUCGAGAAGGGAAAGACAAAGCAGACCCUUCAGCCUGGAAGACAAGGUUGAGAUGCGCUCUGAACAAAAGUACUGACUUCCAGGAAGUACCUGAUCGAAGUCAGCUGGAUAUCUCAGAACCCUACAAAGUGUAUGAGAUUCUGCAAGAGGGUGGAAAAAAGACAGAUAAACCAUGCACUCCAGACACUGCUACGCCAACAGUCUUUCCUACAAGCCUCCAAAAGAAUUCUCAAGGUACCUCUCCUGUUCUGUCUCCUCAGUUUAUGCAGGUGGAUUCUGAAUGGAAAGAUUCUCAAGUUCAGUGCCGUCCAGUUGCUUCUGUGAAAGCUCAUGUACAAGAUUCCAGUCAUUCUAUGGAAUGUGAUGGUCAUGUUAAAGGUUCAUUCUAUACUUGGACACUACCAGGAGCCCAAAUUACACAGACCCAAACUCUACAGAGUUUGACUUUGCCAACACAGAUUCCGAUAUCAGAUUUUCGUCUGAAUGUGCGCCUUUUCUACCAAGGCAUUUUGGUUCGAGAUUUUACUACAAGUACUGCCGAUGGAUGUCGGAUCCUUCAUGGCACAGUACCGAUAGAAAAUGAACAAAUUUAUGGCCCAUCAGCAAUGGAGCAUGUUCAGUUUCCCCCACCUGAGCAGUCACGAGCUGGUCAAAGGGUUGUAGAUGCCAUGAAUCGGCUCCUGCCCCACCUGGAGAGAGGGGUCUUGUUGUGGGUUGCUCCAGAUGGCGUCUUUGUGAAACGUCUUUGUCAAGGACGUGUCUACUGGAACGGCCCACUGGCUCAACAUUCUGAUCGACCAAAUAAACUAGAACGGGAGAGGACAUGCAAGCUGUUGGAUGUUCAACUGUUUCUUCAAGAACUACAAGAAUAUUUUAGAAAUGGCCGUCAAAGUCCUCGUUUUGAAAUUAUCCUGUGCUUCGGAGAGGAAUUCCCUGAUCCAGCUCAAGACAAAUCUAAAAAGCUCAUAACUGCUUAUAUUGAGCCUGUUUUUGCAAGGGAACUGUACCUGAAUAGGAAAUCUAUUAAUGCUGGCCGGUCACAGUUUUUGACAAAAUCAAAUGGUGAGAGUGGGCCUCAUGGAAACCUCAAGUGUGUGAUCCAGCAGUAAUAUAACCACAAAUAUGGACUUCAUCAUCCCAACACUACUACAUUUAAGCUUGGAACAUGUGAGACUUCAUGCCUAUAAAAUACUGUUCCAAGCAACAGGAUUUAACAGCCAUCAUAACUCGAAACUUUCUCAAAAUCACUGGACAGUUAAACUCUCUUCUGAACAUCAUUUUAAUAAUUUUGAAAUAACUUAAAAUAGUUUAUAAAAUAACAUUCUAUUUUUUUAUUGCAUCUUUAAUAUUGAAAAUCUAUUUUUUUAUGUUUUUCCUUUUUAUUGGCUUUAAUUUUUUUGUAUUGUUUUUUAUAAUUGUGAGCAGUGUAACAAUCAUAAUUCAUUUAUUUUAGUAUGUUAAUUUCAAGGCAGAAUUUCUAGUCAGCAGAACACGUGGAGCUCCCUUAAACUAUUAUAGUUAGUAGCUGCUAAAUUUAUUCAUUUCUUCCCCAUGUUUUCUCUGUAAUAUUAACAGUUAAAUGUUUUAGGGUGUAAAGAUAAUGGGAAACAAAAAAAAAAUUUAAAUAUUAAAAUAGCUUAUUCAUUUUAUGAAUAAGUUCUCCUUGUUGACAACUAUAGGCAUACCUUCCUUUGUGACUACAGUGGAUUUACAUGAGAGCUUUUUCAUCCAUUUUUUUUUUUUUUGCUUUCAGUUUUCAUGCAAAUAAAAAUUGAGGAAUCAUCUUGUCCAAUUACUGUGAACAUUUUAUAUAUUGGGAGUCCUGUUUCCCUGUACAAGAAUGUGAAUGUUAUAGUUUUACAUUGCUUAUUUUUCUGGUUAUUGCUUAGAAGCAGGAGUAAUUGUAUUGCAAUACUAACCAUAAUUAGUUACUGACUAAACAAAAAGUGAUACUGUAAAAUUGUAUGUUUUUGAUUUAAACAUCCAUAACAGAGGUGAAGAGUGGAAGACAGAAAAUGUACUGUAGUAUAUUGAAAAACAAAUUAAUUAUGCAUAUACUGUCAGUUAUCAAAACCUCUUUAGUUUUAAAAAUUAAAAAUGCUAUAGUCUCGGCAAUAUGCUUAAAAAGAAAUACGCAUCCAGGGAUGUUGAGCAUGUUUCUUGGUGUACUUGUUCAUUCGGCCUGGAAAUGCUUCUGUUUCUCCCUGCUGUUGAAGAUUUUUACAGACCCAUGUAAAGGAUAGGAAAUCAACAGCAUGGCUUGCAAUGAAGAAGUAAAAUUUUCUAUAAACACAGUUAAAGAUGAAAAGACAGAAUCUUUAGAGCACUGAUCUAGUCUUUUGUUCCAAACAAGCACUCCAGUUUUAUAUACAAGGACAGUGGCUGUAUUUCUUUAGAGAUCCUCAAGUGCUCAUACAAGCUGGUUAUGCUUUUACUUUCUCAAAGAAAAAUUAACGUCUUCUAUAUAAAGUAGUAUUUCUUGUCAUAAUUCCUAAAAUCAGAUCAUCCUGACUAAAUCGUGCCGAAUAUUUAUCAUACAUUAGCUUAGCAUUUCUUUGACAAAUUUGAAAAGCAGGGUCAACACAUGAAACUCAAAAGUAUUUUUGUUUAAUUUAAAAUGAAAUUAAAGAUUACCUUCAUUUCUCUCAUUUAACACACAAAAAUAUUUAUAAAUAUCAGGUGGACCACGGAUACAUUUAAAAGUGACUUCCUGUUUUCUUUGUAGGAUUUUAUUGUAUUGUUUAUUGGCUUACCAGUUCUUAUCUAAAACACUGACAAUAAUGUAAUUUUGAUAUUUUUACCUUUUAGAGUUUUUUUGUAAAAUCAAAAUCAGCUGUGAAUUUUUAUACAUUGUUAAUAUAAGAAAUGUAUAUGCUCUGCCAUAUCCUAUUUUUCAUUGAUGUGUAAACGAUAAGGCAUAGUAAAUAAUGGGGGAUAGGUUGUGUUCUGAUUCUCAUUUUCUUUUAAGAAGUCUCUGAACUUCAAUUAACGUUUCAUUUAUGGCAUGUUUGGAACUUCACAACACUGUUUCAAUGCUUUAAUAAAUAAAAUGUUAACUUCUA